CAGAACCACGUGAGGCGUCCUCGGCGCUGAGCGCCCCGUCAGACCGGCCGGGCUCAUGCCCGGGGAAAGUUAAGGACGCUCCGAGCCCCCCUGCUGCCCCGAGGUGCGCGGGGUCGCGGCCACCCAGCUAUGGCCCGUGGCUGCGGGGACGGGUCCCCCGCGCUGCUGCUGCUGCUGCUGCUGCUGCCGCUGUUGUCGCUGCUGCUGGCCACCGUCGUGCCGCCGAGCCUGGCAGAAGUCUACUAUGCCACUGCCUACUGGAUGCCUGAUGAACAGACAGUAGAAAUCAAAUCCACACUGGACAAGAAGGGGGAUGCCUACGGCUAUUACAAUGACUCUGUGCUCACCACUGGCUGGGGCGUCCUGGAAAUCAAAGCAGGCUACGGCUCCCAGGACUUGACGGAUGAGAUCACCAUGUUUGUGGCUGGCGCUUUGGAAGGGUACCUCACUGCCCCACACAUGUAUGACCACUUUGUGAACCUCUACCCCCAGCUGAUUAAGAAACCCUCCAUCGUGGAUAAAGUGCAGGAUUUUAUGAUGAAACAAGAUGAGUGGACUCGGAAUAACAUCAAAGAAAAUAAGAAUGACCCAUUCUGGAGACACAUGGGCUAUGUUAUGGCACAAUUGGAUGGGCUCUAUGUAGGGGCAACAAAGAGAGCUAAGGAAGACAGUACAAAGCCCAUGACCAUGUUCCAGAUUCUGUUUCUGAACGCUGUCGGAGACCUGCUGGACCUGAUCCCCUCACUCUCUCCCACAAAAAACUCCAGCCUGAAGGUUUUUAAGAGAUGGGACAUGGGACAUUGCUCGGCUCUGAUUAAGGUUCUUCCUGGAUUUGAAAAUGUCUAUUUUGCUCACUCAAGCUGGUAUACAUACGCAGCCAUGCUCAGGAUAUAUAAACACUGGGACUUCAACAUCAGUGACCCGGAGACCAGCAGUGCUCGCCUCUCCUUUAGCAGUUACCCAGGAUUUUUGGAAUCUCUGGAUGACUUUUACAUUCUUAGCAGCGGCUUGAUAUUGCUCCAGACCACAAACAGCGUGUACAAUAAAACCUUACUGAAGUAUGUGGUUCCCCAGUCUCUCCUGGCCUGGCAGAGAGUUCGUGUGGCCAAUAUGAUGGCAAAUGGUGGCAAGGAGUGGGCAAAUACCUUUUCCAAGUACAACUCUGGCACCUAUAACAACCAGUACAUGGUCCUGGACCUGAAGAAGAUAAAGCUGAAGUCCAGCCUUGGUAAAGGCACCCUGUAUGUGGUGGAGCAAAUCCCGACGUAUGUAGAAUUUUCUGAACAAACUGCUGUGCUACGGAAAGGAUAUUGGCCCUCCUACAACAUUCCUUUCCACGAAAAUAUCUACAACUGGAGCGGCUACCCAAUGUUAGUCAAGAAGCUGGGGACAGAUUACUCCUAUGAUCUGUCCUCCAGAGCCAAAAUCUUCCGGCGCGACCAGGGGCAAGUGAUCGACAUGGAGUCCAUGAAAUACAUCAUGCGAUACAACAAUUAUAAGAAGGAUCCUUAUAGUAAAGGCGAUCCCUGCAACACCAUCUGCUGCCGUGAGGACCUGGCCUCACACAACCCAAGCCCUGGAGGUUGCUAUGACACGAAGGUGGCAGAUAUGUACCUUGCAUCCAAGUUCACAGCCUACGCCAUCAGUGGCCCAACCGUCCAGGGCGGCCUCCCUGUGUUUCACUGGAACCGUUUCAACAAAACACUUCACAGGGGCAUGCCGGAGAGCUUCGACUUUGAUUUCAUCACCAUGAAACCCACUUUGUAGCAAGAUAAAAAGGCGGGUGAUGAGGGGAGGAAUAGAUAAAUAAGAUACCAAAGGCACUAUUUUAGCUAUGCUUUUCCUUAAAAUAAACAUAAUAAAAUUUAUUG